GUAACAUCGUAAACCAGGACCACCUGACGGUCAGAUCCCGGGCCGAAUGGAAGCAGCGGAGAAAACUCUCACGUACCAGGAUGACACCGGACUUCACGGGAAGCUGCUCAAGAAGGCCGAUCCGCGAGGCGGGAGCCCCGCCGAGGACACCACCAGCGCCGAGUCCAACUAUGUGGAUCUGGACAUGAGGGCUGGCGGCCCGACCACAGUGAAAGUCACUUUCACCGGCGAGGGGAACCAGCUGUCCGUCAUCAAGUGCUCGAAGUCCGAGGAGAGGAAAGACGAGACCAUCGAGGAGGAGGAGGAGAACACUGGGACGCAGGAAACUGCCCCCAAACUCCCCAACGCCGAUCCGGACUCCGGGAACGAGGAUCUGCAGUACACCGACGUCUAUCUGAACAGCAAGACGGAUCUGGACGACGCGCUGUCCGAGCGCUGCGGCUCCGACGCCGUGGAGGAUGAAUCCCACUAUAUCACGACGCACGAGAUCCAGCUGACCGAGCUCGACCACGACGUGGACUACGACCUGGGCAGAGGAACCUGCUGGGAGUUCGAAGACGACAACCUGGUGUAUUCAUUCGUGGAUUACGCUUCUUUCGAAAGCGACGAAACACGGGAGGGAACUGUGGUUCUGGAGGGACGGAGCCAGGCCAAAGUGCUGUCCACUCUGACCGGAGCGGUCAGCACCGAGCAGGAGGACAGUGAUCUGUGCGACUCGGACAAGUGCGCCAGCUCUGAUGAAAGUGUGUGCAGGAGCCUCAGGGAAGACGCGGGGAAGAUCCACCUGUCCAUACAAACCUCCUCCAGGGGGAACGAGCCCGCUGGAGGCUCGGGGUACGCCGCGCACUUUGGAGACAGGAGACAUUUCUCUUUGGUGAGCUCUGGCGCCAGAGCAGGGCCCCUGUGCGAUAGGGGCCAAUAUUUCAUCCCCGCUCCGGGCCGUCAGCACCUUGCAACGAAGCUGAGACGGAACGAUAUUAAUGACUAUUCCAGCGGAGCGUCCAGCUCCAUCAGUGAACUGGACGACGCUGAUAAAGAGGUGCGUAACUUGACAGCAAAGUCUUUCCGAAGCCUGGCGUGUCCAUACUUUGAUGCCAUUAAUUUUAGCACGUCGAGCGAGUCCUCCUUGUCGGAAUAUGGGCUGAAUAAAUGGUCGGCUUUUGUGGAUUGGAAUUAUGGAAACAUGCGCGCCAAAGAGCGCAGCGUCAUUGCGCACAAGAGCACUACUCUAGAAAUGAACAGAACUGUGGAUAAUAGGAGACAUAGUGAUUCUAGGGGUGGAAUGAAAGCAUCACCCAACAAAAGGACAGAUUCCAGGCAGUCUGCGUCCUCUACUCAGAAGAUCCAUCUGACGGAUCCUCAGCAGGUGCAGCGCGGAGUCACGUUAAAUUUCCGCUGUAAUGUUGAAUCUCCAAACGCGCGCAGAGGCUCCAAAUGCUCCGUGAAGGCGCACUCCGGCUGCGCGCUGCAAUGUCGGCGCACGGACGGCUCGGGGGACACGCACAAAAGGGCGAUUUUUGCGUCGAGUUUGUUGAAAAACGUGAUUUCUAAAAAGAUGCAGUUUGAGCAGGAGCGCAAAAUGGAGAGGGGGGAAAUCUGUGACACUCACCCGGCAGUCUCCCCCUGUUUGCACAUGAAAGAUCCAGAUCAGCUGAGGGACAAGUGCAGAGGCGUACAAAGGCAGAUUUCAGACACAGGCUCAGCUUUCACUGUCAAUUCUCUUGAGGAGGGGGGCAGACUCAGCUCGUUUGAGUCAGCAGAGGAGACCGCAGAUAACAAACCUUCAGAGAGGGGAGAAGAUGAUGCUAAAGCAGCUGCACUCCACAGCCAAAGUAGUUUGUUUAAUGAAUCAAAGGAAGAUGAUCCUCCACAGGUGUCUUCUGUAAGUGAUGCAGCAGCAAAGGAAAGGUUGGACUCCAACAGCAUGCUGACCAAACUGCUUUUUGUGCCCAGCUACCAACUCCUAUCAAAGGACAGGGGCCUCAGCGGGGAUCUGACGCAGCACUCCUGUGAUAAGGGGGCAGUAAAUGAGCUCAAAAAGGGAAAUGAUGGAGACUUUGACAAGGAGGGAAACACACCAGAAAUAAAAAUAUGUCUCCGAAGCACAAAAGAAGACAAAGGCGGCACACUGAACAUUGCACAUCUAUUGACCCCCAAAAUUAGUGGCAAUAUUAACACCUUCAGGGCUGGAGAGGAUAAUAAAUCCCACGUUCUAGGAGAUAAAGUUCCUAACUUCACUGUCAGAGACAUAAGAGACACCAAAUGCAAGUUUCAGACACCGAUCUAUCAUGUUAGGGAUGUGCGGAAAUUGGUUAAAAGCUCAUAUCGCUUUAUAUCGUUGGAUAAAAGUGACAAUAAAUGUGAAAAACUGGAGCCGAAGGUCAAAACGGAGCCAGCUAAAAACUCUUUACCCUCCCCAAUGGUGAUUAAAUGCAACUCUGUGAAAACGAACGUUCAGUCAGAGACGAGUGAGGUGUCACACAAACAAGAAGCAGACGCGCCACAUGAAAAAAAUGAAAAAAACUCCUUGCCUUGCAGUGCUGGAAGACUGCCCACGGCUCCAAACAAGCUGGAUCCAUUUGAGGCUAACCCCGAGGCCAAAUCGGCCAAACAAAGGCAGGACAAGUUUCUUUGUGAGGUGGCGGAGAAGAGAAGUGAGGCUCCGGUAAAGCAGGAUGCACUGGAGAAGCUAAAAGCUGCAGUCAAAACGAUGGAGCAGCUCUACGUUUUUGAUCGAAACGAAUGGAAGCGUAAAACUCAAGCCCCGCACCCGGUAACCGGUAGCCACGUUCUGUCCGUUAUUGCCAGUGAGGAGCCCGAGAAUGCCGACAGAACUCCUCAGCCUUUAAUCAAUGCAACAGAAACAGGGAAGAGAGCCUCAAACAUCAUACACGUUCCAUACAACAACGACACGUUUAAAACGGUCCCCCAGGAAAACAAAACUUUCACAAACAAAAGCGUCCUUCAUUUUGGGAACAGAACCUAUGUCGGAGUCAGCUCGGAAAGUGUCCCCGAUCCACAGAGUUCUCCUCUGCAAACAUCACCUGCUAUUAAAAACUCCAAGACACCAGCGGCUCCACUGUCGGUGAAAAUAGAGCCGACGAAACACGGCCAGGUGGAGCAGGGACAGUCCAAAAUCAGCCCCAGUAAUCCCACUGUCACACAAGGCUGCUCGGACUCCGAGAACUAUUUAACCAUUCCCGGUCUGGGGCGUGCAAAUGAAACCAAACUGCUAAAUCGAGAGUCUGGGUCUUUAGGCCUCGGGAGUGCUGAUGCGGAUGAUUUAAAGGGAUCUGAGAAGAAGAAGUCUCCUUUGUUCUUGGAGCAUCCAGCUGCAUCCAUCUACCAUCGCUCAACAGCAGUGACAAGCCCGCAGAAACAGCACCAGGUGUUGUGUUUCUCCUCUUCUGCCCUGAAUGUGUCCCCCACCCCGUCUGCUGGGGACGCGGCCCCACAGACCCAGAGAAAGAUGCUUUUAGAUCCCACAACUGGACAUUAUUACCUGGUGGACACCCCCUUACAGGCCACCACAAAGAAAUUAUUUGACCCCGACACAGGCCAGUAUGUGGAGGUGCCUAUGCCUCACUCACCUGUUGCUCCCGUCACACCUGUGCAUCUCUCCUUGUCUCCCAUAGCCCUCAGCCCCCCAGCGUACACCCCCACUUACAUGAUCUAUCCGGGCUUCAUCCCCUCUCCCACCUUAGCAGCUCAGGCGGUGAUGUCACAGUCGCCGUGCCACUCAGAGGACGCGGCGGGAGAACAUGUUAAAAACUCCAAAGAUGUGGAAACCGCAUAUUACAGUGCAACGAGAGAAGCUCAGCAGGGACCGGUACACUUACCCGUGAGCCUGGGACACGUAAUCACCAGAGGAGGGGCAGCGAGGUCGGACAGAACGCCACUGAUCAGCAUCACAACACAACAAGGUCCAAGGAUUGUCGCUCCUCCUUCCUUUGAUGGGAAGACAAUGAGCUUUGUAGUGGAGCAUCGGUGACCAACAGACUUUCUCUGCAUACAUAUAUAUCUGCCGACGAAUCUGCCCUCACUCGCUGUAAGUGUAGUUCACCCCUCCAUUGUGAUCAACUCCCAGGACUGCUUCCACUCUCUUUCUCUGUUUUUUUUUUUUUUUUUUUUAAUCAUUGUUUUUUGUGUGUGCAAUGCAAUACUUUGAAAUAGCAACAC